UUUUUCGGUACUCGUGGCCAAUGAGUGAAUUCAUGACAGCAUUGGGGAGCAGGAAAAUCCGAGAAGGGCACAAAAGUCCUCACACCACAUGCACUGCUGACACGUACGUAAACUCUAUCAGUCCCCCGGCUUCCCCACUGAUCAACUCAACUCACGUGCCUUGCACGCACCGAAAACGCACGACCCACCACCGAUAUAUCAGGGCAUCACUCUAUUUGUCAGUCUUUGUGGUCGUCCUUCAUCUCCUUCUCCCACUCCUGCGCAUACACACACGCGUAAACAGAUGGGUCCGAUCUGAUGUGAUGUGUGCAUUGGGUGGGUGAAUGGGUGAAUGGGCGACACACCUUGAGUGCCUCGUGGUAUUCGCUCCACUCUUUCCACAUCGUAGCGGGGAUCUCAGCCUCGACCUUGACGAUCUGCAUCAAACCCACACAUACGCAGACAACCAAGCAUCAGAGUUGUGUGUCUGUGUGCACCGCUCGAGCGCCUUACCCGCGUGACGAGCUUGAACUCAGACGUCGUAAACUGAACAACGAACACACCACACAUGUAGAACAACGAACACACCACACAUGUAUAGGCGGCCACGUGUGUGUGUGUGUUUGACCUUGACUUUGACUGGGCAGUCGUAGCCAUUCGCACAGAAGGGCACGUGGGCCUCGCCCACGAACACGUGGCAGUCGUCCUUGGCCUGCUCAUCAAACGACCUGCACACAUGUGGAUGGAUGAGACCCCUCGGACGACAAUCAAUCCCACAACGACCUGCCUACUUCUUGGCGCUGAUGGUCUUGAGGGCACAGAUCAGGCGGUUGUGUCCGCUGCCCUUGCUAUCCACGUGGCCGGCCUGCCAGCGAGCCUGAUACACACACACACGCGCCACACAGAGAGAGAGUGUGUCCGUCCACGAUCUUUUGUGUGUUGCAGAUAGCGGCGGCUCACCGUGACAUAGUCAUCGUCGGAUCCCGUGAGAUGGACCAAUCGUAUCGGAUCUGCUCGCGGGAAAUCAGAUGUUAGAGUGACCAUACCGCCUGACUCCUGAACGCACGUGUGACAAGCAACAAUGCUCAGUCUGACAUGAAAGCACAAGGAAAUGCUACCUUGAUGUGGAUAGGCGCCGUCAUAGCCAUCCCUGCAUGCCACAACAGGCGCAUACUCGACGCACCGUGUCGUCGUGCCCCUAAACCUCUUCCUACCUCACCUUUGACCCGCUUUUCCAGUCCAUCUGAGUCGACGAUUUGGACUGUCGUCCAGCCCACAAACUUCCGGUUGCCCGCCAUUUGCAGCUGUAUUUCUGAAGACAAG